AUGUUUCCAAUCUCAUCUUCCCCACCUCCACAGGCCAUGGUCAUAGCUCCCUAUCGGACUCCGUCCCCUCCUCGUCCUCGUGUUGUGGAGAAAUUGAUGCAUAAGAAUGACUUGAAUUGUUAUUGUCAAAGGUUAAGCAUACCAAUGCCAGUGUAUGAAUCAACAAGUGAAGGUUAUGAUCAUGCUCCGAGAUAUAGAGCUACUGUUUCUGUUGGUAAACGAAGCUUUACUUCUCAGAAUAUGUUCUCGAAUCGGAAAUCUGCAGAGCAAGAUGCUGCUAAGGUUGCAUUACAACAUUUGCUUGAUGAAGAUGAAGCUAAUGCAACGAAACUACGCUUGUAUCUUCGCAAGCUCGUAUGUCAGGAAAAAGUUCGUUCCAAGAUGAUAUUGAACGAGUUUCUUGUCAAGAAUAAGAUGGAAUGCAUAUAUAAGACAGUUCAAGUUGAAAACCCUCCUGUGUUUGUUUCGUCUUUGGCACUAAAUGGUACUUGUUAUAAAGGGAAAGCUGCUAAGAAUAAGAAAGAAACUGAGCAACUAGCUGCACUUGCCGCUAUCCUCUCCCUAUUAGAUGAUCCUACAUAUGCUACAAUGAUGUAUGAAGUUUUGAAGUCCAAAUUUAGUGUUUGUUCCGCGUUUUAUGAGCCCAAGGACAUACCUAAUACUCGUGAUUGUUCAGUCACCAGCAACGAAUUCAAGGCUACCACUUCCAACAGUGAUGUGAUACCUCUUAAUCAGCAGAACUCGUCGAGCAAGCCAAGCAGUUCCAAAAUCUCAGUCAAUGAAAAAUUGCUACAGGCCAAUAAUACAAAGGAGCAAAGGAGUUCUGAAAUCUUGGUCAACAAGAACAAGCAAGAUUUGGCAAUGUCACUGCCCCAGAUAGAGAAGCAAGGUGCUCCUGGAGCCUUGAAUGGUACUGGUCUCCCCACUGAAGCAGUGACCAUUUCAAGGAGUUCGUACGUUAAUCUGCCAGUAACUCGACUAUUGUUCUCAGAACCACAACAUGGUACAAAAAUGCCAUCAUUAGUAAACUUAGAGGAGCAAAGGGGAUCUGCAAUAUUGGUCAACAUGAGCAAGCAAGAUUUGGUAAAAUCACUGCCUCAGACAGAGAAGCAAGGUGGUCGCGAAGUCUUAGAUGGUAAACGAGGUGAUGCUGGUCUCCCGACUGAAGCAGUGACCAUUUCAAGGUGUUCUUACGUUAGUCCUUCAAUAACUCGACCAUUGUUCUCAAAACCACAACAUAAAACCCAAUUGCCAGAGCCAGCACAAUCGACCCCUCAGCAAAUCAGUGUCCCAAUAGAGUUUGUGCCAGCAGCAGCAUCCGAUCCGCCUUAUGAUCCGAUCUCUUGUAGAAAGCGAGAAAGGAACAAGAAGAGAGCGGAAAAGAGGAAGGCAAACAAGAGAUUGCGAACUGAAAACAAGUAA